GGGCUGCGGCGGGCGGCGAAGGGGGACCUGGUUGCGGCCGUGGGAGGGGACGUCCGGGCCGGGGCCCGCGGGGUGGGGCGGGCGCCGAGUCUCGGCCUCUGAGGUCGGGAGUCUCCACGGGCGUUUCCGGGGUCUCCGCAGAUGUGAAUCCCGAUGGAGCGGCCCGAGGAAGGCAAGCAGUCGCCGCCGCCGCAGCCCUGGGGACGGCUCCUGCGUCUGGGCGCGGAGGAGGACGAGCCGCACGUCCUCCUGAGGAAGCGGGAGUGGACCAUCGGGCGGAGACGAGGUUGCGACCUUUCGUUCCCCAGCAAUAAACUGGUCUCUGGAGAUCACUGUAGAAUUAUAGUGGAUGAAAAAUCAGGUCAGGUGACACUGGAAGAUACCAGCACCAAUGGAACAGUGAUUAACAAGCUGAAAGUUGUUAAGAAGCAGACAUGCCCUUUACAGACUGGGGAUGUCAUCUACUUGGUGUACAGGAAGAAUGAACCGGAACACAACGUGGCAUACCUCUAUGAAUCUUUAAAUGAAAAGCAAGGCAUGACACAAGAAUCCUUUGAAGCUAACAAGGAAAAUGUGUUCCAUGGAACCAAAGAUACCUCAGGUGCAGGUGCAGGGCGAGGGGCCAAUCCCUGGGUCCCUCCGUCGUCGCCCGCCACUCAGGUGUGCUUUGAGGAACCACAGCCAUCAACGUCGACGUCAGACCUCUUCCCCACAGCCUCGGCCUCUUCCACGGAGCCUCCUCCUGCAGGGCGAGAGCGUUCCUCCAGUUGUGGGUCUGGGGGUGGUAGCAUCUCCCCUAAAGGAAGUGGUCCCUCUGUGGCAAGUGAUGAAGUCUCCAGCUUUGCCUCAGCUCUCCCAGACAGAAAGACUGCGUCCUUUUCGUCGUUGGAACCCCAGGAUCAGGAGGAUUUGGAGCCCGUGAAGAAGAAAAUGAGAGGAGAUGGGGACCUUGACCUGAACAGGCAGUUGUUGGUCGCACAACCGCGUAGAAAUGCCCAAACUGUCCACGAGGACGUCACAGCUGCAGCUGGGAAGCCAGACAAGAUGGAGGAGACGUUGACAUGCAUCAUCUGCCAGGACCUGCUGCACGACUGCGUGAGUUUGCAGCCCUGCAUGCACACGUUCUGCGCAGCUUGCUACUCGGGCUGGAUGGAGCGCUCGUCCCUGUGUCCCACCUGCCGCUGUCCUGUGGAGCGGAUCUGUAAAAACCACAUCCUCAACAACCUCGUGGAAGCAUACCUCAUCCAGCACCCAGACAAGAGUCGCAGUGAAGAAGAUGUGAAAAGUAUGGAUGCCAGGAAUAAAAUCACUCAAGACAUGCUGCAGCCCAAAGUCAGGCGGUCUUUUUCUGAUGAAGAAGGGAGUUCAGAGGACCUGCUGGAGCUGUCAGACGUUGACAGUGAAUCCUCAGACAUUAGCCAGCCAUACGUUGUGUGCCGGCAGUGUCCUGAGUACAGAAGGCAGGUGGUGCAGCCUCCCCACUGCCCAGCACCCGAGGGCGAGCCAAGAGCCCCACAGGCCCUGGGGGAUGCACCCUCCACGUCCGUCAGCCUGACGACAGCAGUCCAGGAUUACGUGUGCCCUCUGCAAGGAAGCCACGCCCUGUGCACCUGCUGCUUCCAGCCCAUGCCUGACCGGAGAGCGGAGCGCGAGCAGGACCCGCGUGUCGCCCCUCAGCAGUGUGCGGUCUGCCUGCAGCCUUUCUGCCACCUGUACUGGGGCUGCCCCCGGACCGGCUGCUUCGGCUGCCUGGCCCCGUUCUGUGAGCUCAACCUGGGUGACAAGUGUCUGGACGGUGUGCUGAACAACAACAGCUACGAGUCAGACAUCCUGAAGAAUUACCUGGCAACCAGAGGGUUGACAUGGAAAAGCGUGUUGACCGAGAGCCUCGUGGCUCUCCAGCGGGGAGUGUUUCUGCUGUCUGAUUACAGAGUCACGGGAGACACCGUGCUGUGUUACUGCUGUGGCCUGCGCAGCUUCCGCGAGCUGACCUAUCAGUAUCGGCAGAACAUUCCUGCUUCCGAGUUGCCAGUGGCCGUAACAUCCCGUCCUGACUGCUACUGGGGCCGUAACUGCCGCACUCAGGUGAAAGCUCACCACGCCAUGAAAUUCAAUCAUAUCUGUGAACAGACAAGGUUUAAAAACUAAGCAUCCAGAGGCCCCGAGCAGCUUUCAGCACUGGAGGCGAAGAGAGCGUGUUUUUAAAAUACAGAAGCAAACACAUCAAGGCGUUUUCACAGCCCCCUGAGGGAAGGGACGCAGGGUCUCCAACAGGUGCUCUGGGGUGACUCUUUCUUCUGUGGAGCUUUACCCUCUGAGACCCUCCCCAGAGCCCUGGGGGCCACAGCGCCCCCUCCUGGUGAGCGCUGGGUGGGGCUCGUGGUGGCAUCAGCAGCAGAGACGAAGCCUUUCCGUGACACGCGGCCGUCCCGCCGAGAGGGGCAGCUUUGCUCUUUUGUACGUUUUCCAUAACUACAGUUAAAGCAGAAGUCUGUUUUCAGGAAAAGUUUCAAAGGAGAAAGGGGAAAAUUUAUCAAAAGCAUUGUUUCAGGAGAAGGGGGCAUAAGUUUACAGCCUACAGGAUGUACACAAUAUUCUGCUGUUGGGAAAACCACAGCAUUUUAUAUAUUUUUUAUUUUAAUAGAUUUGGUGCUUAUCUUUUAAGAUUUAAAUAUCACAAACUGUAGCACAAAUAAUAUAAUUUAUAAUUUACAAAUUGACUAAAAUUGGGUAUAGUAUGGUAUUUGAAAGAAUAAGCAUAUGCUUCUGUUUUUUUUUAAAAAAAAAAACCUUCCAGUGUCCAAAACUGCUAACCCUCGACGUGGCCGCCAAGUUAGUCGCUCCUUGCUAACCGGUGAGUGACCCCACGGCCCCAAGCCAGGGCUGGACGCAGGUCCCAGGACACGCUGCUCCCUUCACGGCCCCAAGCCAGGGCUGGACGCAGGUCCCAGGAUGCGCCACUCCCUCAUGCUGCCUGGGCCCUUCCUCCAAGGCCCUACAGAGCCUGAGGGGCACCUUGGCUCCCGCCUGUGCUAGGUUUGCCAUGUCAUCUGGAAUAAUACUUGAAAUUUUGAUUUUUGGAAAAAAAAGUUUUUUUAUCUUUUGUUGAAAUCACCUGUUAUCCUUGUUUGCAAACUGAUAACUUUUUUGCUUCUUCUCAGGAAUACAGUUUUCAACUGUUGUCUUGCUCUUGAUAGAAACUGAGAAGCAGCACUCUGUAUUUGUGGAGGAAAGUCCUCUCUUUUGCAUAUUCUAAUAAAUGAGCUGCAUUUGCUCCUCC